AUGAGGUCCGCAAGGAGACCGUUCAGGUGAAAAGAGGUUGUGGUAGAAAGCACGAGAUGCUUGGAGAGUCGGAAUAUUCUGUUAUUUCUGCACCCUGGACUUGACUAAACCGUUGAAAAUAUCAUUGAAAUGGGAUUAACGUCGCUGCAGAUGAUUACGACACAACACAGGAUGAACAGUACCCUGCGAUAGAGACCGCGCUGCUAUGAUGCACGCGCGCACAUACAGCCGUCAUUCUGACUCGCGCUUGUGGUGUUUUUGUCCCAGAAACUGAGGAGAAAUCAAGCGCAACAGUUUAUUACGUUUAUUCCGCUUAUUCUUGAUAAGUGACCGGUCGCGAAUCCUGAACGAUUAGGAUGAUGCGAUAACCUUUGCGAGACACGAAGAGGACGAUUUUUGGGGGAUGCUCGUGCGCCGUGACCGUCGCCACCGUAGAAGCACGGUGGCACGAGCCGCUAAUGGGGUGAAAUAGGUUACGGGGAGGUCCUGACGGUGGACCAGGGAUCCAGAUAUUCAUCCUGGAUUUUACGUGCAGUGAAAAUACAUGUUAGUCAAAAAUGCAAGGGGUGACGGUGACGGUGACGGGAGAAGCGCCCACAUUGAAUGGGGGUGGAAGGGAGGAGCAGCGUCCCCUCAAGCAGUCCCUGAGUGGCUCACUAUGCCGAGAGUCCCAUUGGAAGUGCCUGCUGCUCACCUUGCUCAUGUAUGGAUGCUUUGGCACGCUAGGCUGGUGCUCCGUGUACCGCAUCACCGUUAUAGCUUCUACUGACCACGGCUUCUACGGAGACCAAGCCUCGCUCCACGAAAGCCCGUGCUCUAAUGGUUACGUGUACAUCCCUGUCUCCUUCCUGGCUAUGCUCUACAUUGUCUACUUGGUGGAGUGCUGGCACUGUUACUCUAAAACCGCUAAUCUCGCCAAAGUGGAAAUCAGUGAGGUGUAUGACAGAAUACAGCGACUACAGCAAGCCACGCCCUGCAUCUGGUGGAAAGCCAUCAGCUACCAUUACGUACGACGUACCAGGCAGGUGACGCGUUACCGCAACGGAGAUGCCUACACCACCACGCAAGUGUACCACGAAAGGGUCAACACGCACGCCUCGAGCUCCGAGUUUGAUUACUCACGCCUUGGAGUCAAAGACGUUUCUAAGGAGCUCCAGGGCUUAUUGGAGCAUCCUGUCACACGCUUACGUUUCACCAAGUGCUUCAGCUUUGCCAGUGCCCGUGCGGAGACUGGCUACCUCACACAGAGAGCACGCUUCUUCGGUGACAACGAGGGUUUGGAUGACUACAUGGAAGCACGGGAGGGCAUGCAUCUCAAAAACGUAGACUUUCGGGAACACAUGUUGGCCUUUCCCGACCCAUCACGGCCACCUUGGUACACUCGACGUUGGGUGUACUGGCUGGCCUCUGCUUUUUUGCUUUCGUGGCCUCUUCGUGUGAUUGCAGAGUAUCGCACCGCAUACGUUCACUAUCACGUUGAGAAACUCUUUGGUGAAAACGAGGAUGCAAACGAUAAUGACAAUACAGAGACGGGGAACUAUUGUACGGGCUUCGAACACGGCACUGGUGGGCCCACCCUCCGUGUCAUAUCGCGGGUCAACACAGUGGAUAUGACAGAACUGGAAUGGCACAUUCGCUGUAACCAACAGAUGGUGCCUAGCUACUCGGAGGCCUUGCUUAUGGAUUUGGACGUGAAUACAAACACACCGUUAUCUGUUGCCAUGGCAGCACAUAUGCAACGCAAUUCAAGCUACUUCCUACAGAGCUGCCCCAGGUGCCGGAGGUCGACGAGCAGCUCCUCCCUCCCUUCUUGGGUUAGGGGGAAUGUGGCCGCAGGGACAAACUCUUUCCCUAUCAGACCCGGUGGUAGGAUGUCCCUCAGUCGCAGUGGUUUCUCUCUUGGACGCUUACAUACCGCAAGAAGCCGCCACCCUUGCCUGUUUCACUCAAGAAGCCUCGGAGGAGGGAUGGGCGGACGAGUGGAAGAGGGAGGCGGUGGUUUUCUUGGUCUUGGGUGUAGAGUGCCAGAUGAGGAGAGGAGAGGUGUAUUGGAGAGUGAAGGUUUAGAGGACGAGGACGUAGCGGAAACAGACCAGGAACAGGUGGAAGAGAGAGAGAAUGGAGAAAACAGAGAGAAUGAGAGAGACAGACCACCCACCUACCAGGACGCGCUGUAUUUUCCUGUGCUAAUUGUUCACGGGGAAGAGAGCUGCCAUGGGGGGCGUGGCCUUGACACAGGUUAAAAUAACAGCUAUGACUUGGGGUAAAGAAAGUAAAGCAGUGGAUUGACAUGUUUGCAGAUAUGUUGAGAAAUAAAGGGGGUUUAUUAACGUACCAAUAGCAAUGGCAGGAUGGGGAAUGUAAAGGGGACCUAAAUGAAUGAUUUGUGUUACAUUGCAAAACAACUCAAAUUCAAAUGUGUAGAAUGUUUUAGGAAUCAAAUUGAAAAUAAUAUACAUUGGUCAUGUCAUAUUCAUGUCAAAGCUUGAUAAAGACUGACCCUAAAUACGUAAAUGUAGUAAAUACCUAAUAUAAUAGGCAGGCAUGGAACAUCAGUGUCCUAUAUCGAUUUUUAUGUCCUGUUCUUGAUAUCUCUGGCAUAUCAUGUCCAUAACAGACAAAAAAGUUCAGUGUGUCCUUUUUUGACCAUAAUGUAGUUUACGUGAAAAAUAGGGCAUCUGCAACCUACAUCUAGUUGGACAUUUGGGGACUUAACAUUAAAGUACAAGAAUCCAUGCCGGUGUAGGUUUGUAAAUCCAUUAGUGAACAACAUGCAGAGCUUACGAAUGAAGGGACUGAGAUGUGAGCACUAGACGCAAAGUGAAUUUUAUAUAGACUUCAAAAGUAAAUAUGAAUCAAUGACUACUUUAUAGAAAAAAUAGAGCAGACGGUAACAAAACCAAAUGGUUCUCAGGGGGAGUAUGUUUUAUUUGAUUUGAUUGUGUACAACAAACCAAUAAAGUGGGAUGGUGGUGAAUGUAGUAGGGUUGUGAAUGGUAAUACCUCACUGUUUUUCACUGUGCUUUAAUCCACUGUUCUGGGUAACAACUUCUUUUUAAUCUCUUGAUCUUUUUAAUUGCCUGGUAGAAGCACAGUGCUUAAGACUUCACUCAUGUCUGCCUUAGAGGCGUCUAAUGUCAGCCUCAUGUCUACUGCAGCCAAAUAAGCGUAGAUCUGUUCAGCAGCAGCUAUAUGUGUUUCUUUUAUACCCCAAGUAAGAACAAAAGAAUGAUAGGAGACUCAUUUAUUUGUAGGUAUUCUCAUUCAUUUCUCCCCAUAAAUUGUUAGAAUGAAUUACAAUAUGUUUCAUUUUGAAGUAUUAAUAGAAAAAAAUGAACAAAGUUUAGUGCAACAAUCCACUGUCCCAUGUAGUCACAUUAGUAAUACCUACGUGCAUAUUUGCCUAAAAGAGCAAAAUAAUAAAAAUGUGCAUACUAGGUCAGCACAAGCACAAUGUGUCAUCCGUUUUACAAACAGUGCAGGGAGUUUUGCUGUACUUUUAAUGGAAGACCUUGGAAACAAAAAGAAAAAACAACCAUGCACAUGGAGAGGUUAUUUAAAAAUAAAGGUCCAAAGCACACACCAAGAGCAUCCCUGUGUUGUUUGUAUAAUUUCUACCGAUCAAAUUAUUGCUACUAUGUCAACAGGCACUAACAAAUUAUUGCAGUGGUCAUGACUAUGGAAAUUAUUAAUAAAGACAAAUCAUUAACA